ACGGCAUCAUUCAUGCAGAGCAAGGGUGAGGUUGGGCGAGAGCCUGCACAAGGAGGAGGCGCGAGGAAUGCUUUUGGAUCAUUGAUACACACAAGCUUGGACAUUUGUGAUAUUUGAAUAUUUUGAGCAGGGUCAGAAAGCGUUUUUCAUAAUGAAGUGCUCUUUUGGACUUUUUCUUGUGAUCUGUUGUAUGACUCUUAGCUUGGGAUCAUCUCUUCGGUGCUACAAGUGUGAGGAUUACUUUGGUGGCCAAUGCAAAGUACAGCAAGAAUGCUCUUAUGAGGAUGCAUGUUUAUAUCUCUAUGAGAAAGGUGGAAAGACAGUUCGCAAGUGUAUUCGAUACACUGACUGUGACAACUCUGGACUGUCCCAGCAGUUCCCGUCGAUAUCAGAGUACACUUACAUGUGCUGCCACACGGACCUGUGCAACAGCAGUCCGGCGACCACCGCGGGCACCUCGUUUCUGUCCCUAAUGACGGCGGUGACUGGCCUCUGGUGGUGCUGCUUCGCUGCAUGAGAUUUAUUUUGUAAAAUUACUCUAAGGCCACAUCCACACUAGUGCAUUUUUGUUUGAAAACUAAAUUUUCAGUUUCCCAACGUCAUCAUUUUCCAAAGUAGGUGGUAAAAGAAAAAAUUUUCUAAAUGCUCUGUUUUCGGUGGUGGAAAACGCUGUUCCAGUGUGGUGUGCGAAAUUAGAGCGUUUUCAAAUAAAAACGUAUUAGUAUGGAUGUGGCCUCAGCCAAAACACAAGUUCAGUCUCUAGAACGUCAGCUAUUUGUUGUCUUAAUCAUCAUGGAUAUAGGUUGUAGACCUUAUUCAGUGACGGGAAUGAAAAUUAGGCUGUAAGGAAUAGACUGUCUCUUUAAUUGGUUGUACUGUUGCUUAAAUUGGUGUUGAUCGUUCUGCUGACGAAACACUUAAAAGACAUCUUUAAAAAAAAAAAACAUUCAGACAACACCAGUUUAAUUCUCGUCACAAAUCAAAUAUGGCGCUGCUCUAAAUAUGGUCUAUUUACACCGAUCAGCCACAACGUUAAAACCACCUGCCUAAUAUUGUGUAGGUCCCCCUCGUGCCACCAAAACAGCGCCAACCCGCAUCUCAGAAUAGCAUUCAGAGAUUAUAUUCUUCUCACCACUAUUGUACAGAGCGGUUAUCUAAGUUGCCGUAGACUUUGUCAGUUUGAACCAGUCAAGGCAUUUCCGUCCACAGAACUGACGCUCACUGGAUGUUUUUUGUUUUUGGCACCAUUCUGAGUAAAUUCAAGAGACUGUUGUGUGUGAAAAUCCCAGGAGAUCAGCAGUUACAGAAAUAAUCAAACCAGCCCAUCUGGCACCAACAAACAUGCCACGGUCCAAAUCACUGAGAUAAAAAAAAAUGUCCCCAUUCUGAUGGUUGAUGUGAACAUUAACUGAAGCUCCUGACCCGUAUCUGCAUGAUUUUAUCCACUACACUGCUGCCACACGAUUGGCUGGUUAGAUAAUCACUUGGAUGAUUGUUGGUGCCAUAUAGGCUGGUUUGAGCAUUUGGUUGGUUGAGUAGGUGGUUUUAAUGUUGUGGCUGAUCGGUAUAUUUACUAUAUAUAGGCCAUUAUUUAGCUAAUAUUUUGUUUUAACUAACUGCUGCAAUAUCGUAAAGCACUAUUUGCUGUAAAUCAUUUUUUGCUGUUUUCUUCAAUUAUUAUUGUUUUGCCCUUUUCAUAAUUUUUGUAUUUUUUAUUUAUAGAAUUUUGUUUUUUAAAAGAAUGUAGCAAAAUGCUCAAUUUUAACGUUCAUGACUUUUGUAUGUGGUGUGUUUACAUUAGUAAAAAACAGCUAAAAAAACUAAAA